AUUUUCACAAGUCAGUGAUCAGAUCCGUGCUUUUACUUGUACCUCUUCGCGCGGAGGGAGGGUGUGGAGAAAUCUAGGAAGUGGAACUUUUUUUUUUUUUUGGAGCAGGGCGGCGGGUGUUGCGACGGUAAUCCCACUUUCUCAGGUAAAACUGCGGAUUGAGAAACUAAUCUUUGCUGUAAUACGUGGGAAUAUUUUGUCACGGAGGAGAGGUUUGGAUUUCGUAGUGUGUCUCAGCUGUAGGCGCGCUGAUUUUCUUCCUAAAGUUGUGAAAUUAGUUUACCGGAGUGCUGCUAUUUUUUUCGUUUCUUCUCCGCUGUCAUAAAACGCUCCUCUGCGCAAGAUGGACUGACAGAGUGAAAGUGAGUGCUGUGUGAUGCAGAGGUGGGCAUAUGUGGUUCAGGAUGAGCGCGCUGAACCGUCCUGGGACCCUGGACACCAGCCCCUCCGAGGCCCGCGUGGUCCAGAUCUACCCCCGACCAUCCCAGGACCCCUCUACCAACUGUCCCCUACAAAUCACUCAUGGAGACACAGCUCGAUCGGUGAUUAAAAAUGCCAUCCUCAUGUUGGGCCUGGAUUCAAACCUGUGCUACAAACUGGUAGAAGUUAAGAAAAUCGAUGAGGAGGAAAACCAAUUGGACUGUGAUGAUUUCUUGUUGGAUUUAGUGCUGCAGUGGCCUCCCGAAACACAAAAAUGGCAUCCAAAAUCUGAUGGCUAUUACUUCGUCCUGCAGCAAGUCCCAAAUGACAGCAGUAGUAGCGAGCAAUAUGACGAUCUAUGCAACCUCACUGAUGCCACGGAGGACAGUAUUACAGAAAUUUUGAGUAAACGAUUUUAUAAACUCAAAAUUUACACAUACACAAGCAACAUCCUUAUCGCCAUCAACCCCAAUAAGUUCUUACCAGUUUAUUAUAAUCCAAAAUACAUCAAAAUGUAUGAAAAUCAGCCGCUGGGCAAGCUCAGUCCUCAUAUAUUCGCCAUAGCUGCGGCUGCCUAUAGGAAUAUGCUAAGUAGCCAAACGAACCAGUGUAUUAUGGUUUCUGGAGAGAGCGGAUCGGGGAAGACAGAGAGUUGUAGUUAUGUGGUGCAUUGUCUGACAGCUCUGAGCCAGCAGACGUACUCAAGUGGACUGGAGAGGAUCAUACUGGGAGCAGCACCAGUGUUGGAGGCUUUUGGAAACGCGAAGACUGAAGAGAAUAACAACUCCAGUCGCUUUGGAAAGUUCAUCCAGUUAAACUAUCUGGAGAGCGGAGUCAUCAGAGGGGCAGUUAUUGAAAAGUACCUUCUUGAAAAGUGCCGGGUGGUGUCUCGAGAGAAGAAUGAAAGGAACUACCAUGUGUUCUACUAUCUUUUAAUGGGAGCCUCCAAAGACGAGCAGAAGGAGUUCCAUCUCUUAAAUCCACAGGAUUAUCACUACCUCAAACAGGGAGACCUGCAGUUGGACGAUGAGGAGAGUCUUGGGCAGGAGUACAGGAGGCUGCAUCAGGCCAUGGAGAUGGUCGGCUUUCUCCCGUCCACCAAAAAACAAAUAUUUUCCAUUCUUUCGGUGAUCCUGCACCUGGGAAACCUGACGUACUCCAGAGAUUCUAAAGGUUUGAAGGUCGGACCAAAUGACACCCUGGAAACACUGUGUGAUCUGCUCAAGGUGAAAAAGGAGGUUCUCAUAAAGGCUCUGACCAGGAGGAGAACAGUCACCACCAAUAAAACUGUCGUUUCACAAUACACAGUGCAGGAGGGUGAUAAAAUGCGGGACUCAAUGGCGAGGUCUUUGUACAGCGCUCUGUUCGACUGGAUCAUUUUCCACAUUAACCACGCUCUGUUCAACAGACGUGACAUGGAGGAGUCUGUGUCUUGCCUAUCAAUUGGGGUCCUGGACAUGUUUGGAUUUGAGGACUUGCAAAAAAACAGCUUUGAGCAGCUGUGCAUCAAUUACACCAAUGAGAAACUACAGUAUUACAUCAACCAUCGCAUCUUUACACUGGAGCAGGAGGACUAUGUAUCAGAGGGCCUUGUGUGGCAGCACAUUGACUUCACAGACAACAUCGACUGUGUCAAGUUAAUGAGUGGGAAACCAACAGGGCUGUUUGGACUACUGGAUGCAGAAACCAGCCUCCCAGACCCCAGUGAUGAAGGUCUAUUGAAAAAGAUGAAGCUGCAUCAUCAGGACAGUCCUUUCUUUGAGACAAACUCAGACUCAACAUUCACUAUUCACCACUUUGCCGGUGGUGUCACUUACAAAAUAAAGGAUUUUGUGGAGAAAAAUAGUGAGCACAUGCGCCCAGAAGUGGUGUCUCUCCUCCGCAGCAGUGGGAAGUCUUUCCUCCACCACCUGGUCUGCUCCAGUCAUCGAGCAUUGUUCAGGUGGGGAGUCCUACGAGCCACCAUCCGAAUCGUCUCUGUGUUCAAACACCUGGCCCUCAAAAGAACAGAACGAGUGGCUGCCAAACGCCCAUCUCGUACCACAUUAAAAGAAACGAAAAGGCAUUCUGCACGCCUGUCCAGUAACAGCUGGACUUUGGAUUUCUCUUUCGAUCGAUCAGAUGAACACCCUCUAGAGGUUUUUGAGGACAUCUUUGCAAACUUUGAAAAACGAAAAAAAAGUAAAAGUGGGCGACAAAAACAGCUCAUUCCCAAGAAUUUGAUGGAUCUACGAUCACUCCAACACAUUGUCGGUGUCACUGUUCACGAUAAAACGGGUAAAGCCACACCACACCCUGACGGGCUCAUCGCUCCCCCUACUGUCUGCGCUCAGUUCCAGGCAUCUCUUCAACAACUCUUAAAAAGAAUCGAAAAAGCGCAACCGUUCUUUAUAGUCUGUUUACGCUCCAACAAUGAAAAGAAAGAGAUGCAUUUUGACCCUGAACUCGUCAAACGCCAGGUUCAUAGCACUGGUUUACUGCAGAUGGUCCUGAUGCAAAAGGCUGGAUACGGCGCCAAAUACACUUUUAAGGAUUUUGUGGAGAAAUUCAGGAUGUUGCUUCCAAAAGGGGCCACUCCAACUCCAGAGCACAUCUCUCAACUUCUGGUGAAACUGAAGCUUGACAAGUCCACGUAUCAAAUAGGAAAGACAAAGGUGUUUUUAAAGGAGAACGAGCGUCAGUUUCUCCGGGACACACAGAACACUGUGGUCAUGCGUCACAUUGUGGUAAUCCAGAGGUGGUUCAGGUGCUGUUUAAUCCGGAUGCACUUCCUCCAAAAGAGAGAUGCUACUCUGCUCAUUCAGAGAUGUUGGCGUGAGUUUUAUGAAAAGCAGAACCGAGCAGCCACAGUGAUCCAGUCAGCCUGGAGAACGUCAGCGAGGAAUUCACAGAGGGGGCGGUCCAGUCUGUCCAAAAAGGAGCUGAGGAGGCAGGCUCCGAUCGAGGUUAGCCCAAACCGAAUGCCCCAGUCUGGGUCAGGACAGAGCACCCCUCCUUUGCACCGCCCACUAUCCGUGCCCGCUGACUCCACUUCUUACAAGGACAGCCCCUCCAAGAGCCCCCUGCAGAGGAGACAUGCAGACUCAGAGGCCAUGAAGGAGAAGGCGGACCGCUGGAGAGAGAGGUUGAGUGAGGGCGAGCCCACCGACGACUCCAGUCCAGAGCAGCACAGACGGGCACGCAGACGAGAUGAUUAUCACAACAAAGGAAAAUCCAUGUCUGCCGAUGAACUCUCCACACGCAGCUCUUCUGACAGCUCACCCUCUGCAGGCGAGAAAAUCCGAGCUGAACCUGAUGGAUCAAGGUACAGUCUUCCACCAAGAAACUCUGAGGAUGAAGGAAACCAAACUCUUACUACCCCUGAGAGGGUUUGGUUUCUUAGUAGAUUCCUGAAGAAGCGAACACCAAAGUACAUCCCCAGCCAUGAAUCUACCCAAGAAAAAUCUGUUACGUUGCCGCGGUUCUCACCUCACCCGUACCAGAUGCCCAACCAGCAGAGCGGCAGAGUCCAACGAAACCCCACCAUCCACAUCAGCCGUGCCACCAGGGCCUUAGAGUGGAACGCCUCCCUGGACCGAAACAUCACAGACCCCAAAGAACUCAGGAACCUCGACGAAUACCUCGGGAAUCAGGUGAAUGAAUUGAAAUCGAGAGUCAAAGAGCUAUCACCGACAGAGACCAUCUUCCUCACAUCAACGAUGGAGUUCAGAGAGACCAUCAAAAGCCUGUUCUCUGUCCAGAAGCCUCAAAUAGCAUACAAAGACCUGAUGAAGGGCUACCAGAACAAAGUGAACACGUUGGCUGGGCCCAAACAGAAAACUGAGGUGUCACUGGUGGUGAAUCUGUUCCAGUCUGUGCUCGACAUCUUUGUGAGGGAGAUAAAACGCAACGAGUCAGAGCCAGUCAAGCCAAAUAAACAAACCAAAAAGAGACGGAAAAAGGAGAAGUGUCCUGACAGCCCCUUGGACCACCUUUUCAGCACAUACCAAGUUAACAUAAUGCAGUCAUGUGACUUGUGUGGUUCCUAUAUUUGGGGAAUGGAGAAGGCGUACAUGUGCAGUGCCUGCAAGUUAAUAUGCCACAAGAAAUGUCUCGGCAAAAUCAUUACUGAUUGCUCAACACGCUGCUCCAGGAUGGAUGAUAACGUCCCUGGCUCGCUGCAUUUCGGGGUGCAGGUUUGCGUCCUCACCAGUAAAGCAAACCCAGUGCCCAAAGUGGUGGAGCUUCUGCUGAUGCACGUGGAGCUCAAUGGCCUUUACACGGAGGGUAUCUACAGGAAGUCCGGGUCAACCUGCCGCGCCCGAGAACUGCACCAAAUCCUCGAGACCAAUCCUGAAGCUGCCUCUUUGGACAAUUACCCGAUCCACACCAUCACAGGCCUGGUCAAACGCUGGCUCCGAGAACUGCCUGACCCUCUGAUGACCUUUGCCCUGUACAAUGACUUUUUACAUGCUGUCGAGUUGCCAGAGAGAUCUGAGCGAAUCCGUGCAGUCUAUCAAAAAGUGGAUGAACUUCCUCCUUCUAAUUACAACACACUGGAGCGCCUAAUCUUUCACCUUGUCAAAGUUGCCAAAGAGGAAGAUCACAAUAAAAUGUCUCCUAGCUCUCUGGCCAUUGUCUUUGCUCCGUGUGUCCUGCGCUCUCCAGAUUCGAAUGACCCUUUGCUCGGCAUGAAGGACGUAGCCAAGAUAACAAUGUGUGUGGAGAUCCUGAUCAUGGAACAGUUCAGACGAUACAAAGAGAUGAUGCAAAACAUUCAGGAGUUGGAGUAUGCAGAGGCCCUGGCAGUGAAAGAACUUCAUCUCCGCAGGCAAAACACGAUUGUUGAAAAACCACAACCAGAUGUGCCUGAAUUGAUAGAAUCUGAUGAAACCGAAAAGACGCUCAUCGAUAGAAUCAGGUCGAUCAAACAAGAAAAGGUGGACUUGGCCUGCAGGUUGCCCGAUUUGGAGCAGGAGCACUCUGAUAAUGAUAAUUUGGAUUCAGCUUCGUCGAUGAGCACAGAGAGCCUCGAGGACCGUCUGAAAAGCCUUGAAUCGGAAGGGAAGCUGACUUUACGGUUGUCAAACAGGAAGCCUGACUCACCCACAGACCUGUCGCAGAGAGUGAGGAGUUUGAGAGUGCAAACAGAUGAUGAACCAUUUGAGUUUUUACCUGCUGAAUCUUCCCCCAAAACAAAAAACAAAUAUUCAACGAUAGAAAAACAAGGGAGUUUUGACCAUCUGGACAUCCCCUACAUUGACGAGGAAGAUGAAGACCUAACUUGAUUUAUGCACAUUAAAAAAAAAACAACAAAAAAAAAAAAUAAUAUAACUCUCGACUCAAACUUGCACUUUGUUGGGAUGUUUGUGGAGACGCUGCUAAUAAAAUGCGUAUUUAACAGUAGGCCCUACACAGAUAUUUCUGGAGUGAAACAUAAAGAAGUGCAAACUACUAUGACUUCUCAGCAUCUUAUAAAUGCUAAAUGUGAUUUUAAAUAAGCCAGAAAAGAAUAAGGAACUCAUGUACAGUACCUUUUAUGAUUACUAAUACGUAUGUAGGGAUACUACAGUCAAGCAACAAGCAUGUGCAUCUUUAAUUAAAUUCUGGUACUAAAUAGGAUUUGUUGUGGUGUGGGGAAAUAAUGUCUUUGUAUUAAAUGUGUAUUUUUUAACAUGUCUUGUUUUAUGGGGCUUUAAUUUCAUUUUAAUUUUCUAUAAAAUGUCUUUAUUAUUUAAUGUAAUUAAUGACGUUGUCAUUAUGUCAUUUUGCUGCCUUUAAUGUGACUGAACACUUUUCUCAAUUUCCUGUUGCCUGGUUAUUAAAUCACACUUCAUCCUAUAUAAGCUAUAACUGUUUAAAGCAGACAGACUAUGCAGUUCUUGUGGAAUUUGACACUAGACACAAUGAAAAAUAAAAAGACAGCCUGUU